AUGUGGAAGAUUUGGAUUUCAAAGCUAGCACUUGUGCUGGAUAGCGACGAAGAUAAGAACGCAAACAAAUCACCGAAAGAAGAAAAGCCACAACCGCUGAGUGUGCUCCCAGAAGUCAUCACCUUAGGAUCUAGUGAUGAAGAAAGAUGUGAGCCAAGCAAGGCACGAUCUCCUGUUCCACCACAAGAAGUGUACGAGAUCCCUACAGAACCACAGGAAGUAUACGAGAUUCCUACGGAGCCUAUAGCGAAAUUCAAGGGAGAGUCUACAUUGAGUCUACAGGAGAAGUUACGAAAUGCACAAAAACUUCUCUCACGAGAUCUUCCGUUGCCGGACGGUGGCGAGCGUCUCCGGAACCAGAUCACGGAUCUGGAAGUGGAAAUCGCAAGAAGGGAAAAAUAUCCUGAAGAACCAGAACCCGACUUGAUAGUGGAUAAGGUUGUUGAUGCAAUGAACAAAUCGCUGCACAUAAAUGCGUAUCCCGAGGAUAGGAGGCCACGUAGUGAGUUCAAAAUUAAAACUCCAUGGAGUUACCUUACUCGCGUAUUUUCGAUCUGAAU